UCUAGCACUUUAAAAAAAGAAAAACGUUUGAAUCAGUCGCUCUACCAAUUAACAGCCAUUAAAGAUGUUUAGUUUCGUUCUCGACCACAACGGCUCCUUAAGUCGUAACUCGUAACUAGUAUUAGUACUCGAGAACUUUCAAGUCUAACGUAUAAACUACUGGUGUUACAAAAAAUAAAACGUAUAAACUACUGUUACCGUUUGUAUACAGUUUUGAUUAUAAUCAAUUACUAGUAGCAGUUAUACGACAGAGAGAAAUGUACUGCUUUAUUAGCUGUUAAUAAAAUUGAACAAGGUCAAAGACUACACUACACAACUGGUACCUCUUACGUUAUUACAUUGUAAAAGUACGUGUACUAAAUAUACUUUUGCUUUUACCUAGGACUAAUCUUUGUGUGUCAUAGAUUGAGACAUGUUCAAAUCUAUAAAGAUUCCUUUUGCCAAAAUUAUAUUAUCACUUAAAGUUGAUUUAAGUAAAUAGAAUAAACACAAAAUUAACUACUCAUUCAUGCAUACAUGAUUGGUGGCCUAAUGGUUUAAGAAGAUUCAUCAUGGCAGGCUGGGUAUUCCAGAUAUACGUAAAUUUGAUAAAAUAGACAACUAUGAAAAUAAUGAACAAGAAAACGAGAGCAAGUAUCGUAAUUCAUUUCCAUAAUUUUCAAAUAUUGUUUUAUUUUAUAUUUUUCUUCUCGUUUUCAAGAUUUUAUGUACUUCAUGUGUUUUAAAGAAUAUCAUUUUAACAUUUUUUUCUUGUUAAAAUAAUGUCAUUUUAGAAUUCUAAUGCAAAUUAUACUUAUUUUCUGUUUGAUAUAAUUAAUUGCAAACUGCAUGGAUCUUAUAAAAAAUCUAUUUAUCUCAAUUAAUAUUGCUCAAAUAUAUGUAAUUCAUAAAAAUAUAAAUAUGUGAAAAUGUCAAAGUGACAUUUUUUAUGAAAUGGAGUAGUAUAUUUUAACAAUAUUUUAAUGUAUUUGUAAAUGAUAUUCCUAGUUUUUAAUAUCUCUCAUUAAUAAAAUUAUUAAAUAUAUAUGGAAACUUAGUAUAUAUUUCAAAAAGUGGAUCUAUUUUUUUUUGAUAAAUUCUUUAAAACAAGUUAAUUAGCUGUUUUGGUAAUUUUGCAAACAAAUUAAAUGUUUUUGAAAACAGUCAAACAAUAUAUUGAGUACAAACAACUCAUGGCAAUCUAUUAAACAUUUCAAACCAAAAAUUUCGUGUCAGUUUCUAAAUUCACUAAUAUAUUCUGUAAAAACUGUCAUUGACUUACCAGAUCAGAGGAAGAUUACACUUUAAUAUUAAUCAAGACCAUAUUUAUUUCAAGCUCGGUCGGAUCUCCCGAACCUAAGCAAAAACUCGGUUAAGCUCCAACCCACAAUGGCUAUAUAAACAGCAUCCACCACACCCAAGUAUCUUCACAUUUGUGCUAAACAAAAACAAAAGAGAGACAAACUCCAAACACCAAACUCAAAAAUAACCAGAGAGUUGUUUGCUCUAAACUAGAAGUCAAGAAAAUGGGAAUCAUAGUUCCAGUAUUGACCCUUGUUUUCCUCUUGCUCACCACAAUGAGCCAUGCUGCCUCCAAACCGAGGAUGAUUCUGGUUGGUGGAUAUGUUGGGGCGUGGAAGGUUCCAGAUUCUCCCAGCAACACUCUCAAUCACUGGGCUGAGGCAAAUCGUUUCAAAGUCGGCGACGUUCUUGUGUGGAAUUAUGACGCGAAAGUUGAUUCGGUGUUACAAGUGACAAAAGAAGAUUACGAUAGUUGUAACAUAGCAAAGCCCUUGAAGCAGUUCAAUGAUGGAGACACAAAGUUCGAGCUUGACAACUCAGGAGCUUACUUCUUCAUCAGUGGUGCUCCUGGAAGCUGCACUAAAGGCGAGAAGAUUCAUCUUGUUGUUCUGUCUGAACGCAAUAAUCCUGGUGGCGGUAGCGGUGACGGUGGCAGUCCUAUGGUCUCUCCCGUUACUAGUUCUCCGGCGCCUUCAACUCACGCUCCAGCUCCAGCUCCAAACGCUGCGGUUGGAUUGAAGGUUGGAAGCGGUUUGUUCUUGACCGCGUUUGCGAUUGUUUUGGCUAUGGCUUAGAGGCAUUGAUCGAGAGAAUGCAGCGUUAUCGUUUUCAAUCUUUUUAGCAAGAUUUAUUAUUUGUCUUUUUUCAUGUUGUUAAAGUUUCAAAUCUUUUUUAGCAAGAUUUAUGUGCGUUUUUCAAUUAAAAAGGAUGUUUAUCACUCUCAAAAGUCUAUUCUUGUGAUUUGAGCUUAAUUUUAUAUCUGAACGUUUUUAUUAAUCUCAACAUGGGAACGAAACUGAAAAUCCUACUAUAUAAAAGGAACUAAAUUCAAGGCUUUUGGGACUAUCCACCUCAACCAAAAUAUUCUCAUCCAAAAAAAAUUAGAAAUAGAUGUCAUUUAGAAAAUAAUUAAUAACAUACAAUUUUUGAUAUUUUUAGAAAUUUCAAAUUUGUAACUGCUAAUUUAUUAAUAAAAAAGGAACUAAAUUCAAGGCUAUUGAGACUAUC